AUGAAACGGCCAACCGCUCUCCUGCUUCUCCUCACCUGCUCCGUAGCGACGGCGCAGUUGUAUACUCUGCCCGUAGAACGCUCCGGCUCGUACGCCCCGCGCAUUCUCCGUCAGAAGCCCCUCGCACCCGUGGACCCCGUCGGCCCAGCCAUGCCUCCGCCAUCAGACCCCUCCGGCCCCGGACGGCCUCCGGCUCAGGACGGCGUGAGGUUGUCCGACGUCAUGGGCCGCGACAGGAGCAUCAACGUCUUCGCGAGCUUCACCCGCGACAUCGAGUCGGCGUCGCGGCGCCUGGAUGAUAAGGCGCAGAACACAACGGUGCUGGCGCCGCUCAACUCCGCCGUCGAGAACCUGCCCCGGAAGCCCUGGGAGGACCCCAAGGAAUACCAACACUUUGGCGAGAGCGCCUACGAGGGCGGCGACGGUCAGGAGAGGGCGCAGAGGAACAUUCGCCGCUUCGUCGAGGCGCACAUGGUUACCGUGAGCCCGUGGCCCGAGAAUCACAAGGCCAAGACGGUCGGCGACGAUAGGGAUGUCUGGUGGGAGAAUAGGGACGGCACCAAGUUUAUCCAGCCUGGAAACAUCGAGGUGGUCAGCGUCGCAAGCACCGUCGCUAAUGGCGAAGUGUGGAUCAUCAAGGAGGUUCGCAACUACAAGACGAUCGAUCUCAGGAUGAUGAGCGGGAAGCCCGCUGACGAGCGUUCACUUGACGCCAUGGAGGAGAACCGUCGCCUCAUGGCCAUGGAGGCCGACAGAAUGGACCGACGCGAGAAAGAACGACGUGACCAGGAACAACGACACGAACAAGAACAAGCCGAAAGGCGCCUUCGCGAGGGCUAUCCCCCGGGCCCUCCUCACCACAGUAAUGCCGGCUCGAUUCCGAUACACCAGCCCGUCGCAUCCCGUGCGAUGGGCGCGAUCCACAGCCCUGGCGGUCUGCUCGCCAACCACGGAUCUGGCUCUUCAGGUCCCCCGAUGCCUCUCGGUGCUCCAUCCGGGCCUGGCGCGAACUUCGGUGGCCCUCUUCAGCCCGACAGCAAUAGACCACCGCAGCAUGGUGGCCCGAAUAACCCGACCGGCCAGCACCAGAUGUUCGCUCCGAUCCCUCACACGGCCGGCCCUCCCAACAACUCUCUCGGCGCCGCGAACGGCGGUCCUCCUAUCUUUGGAGGGCCGUUGCAGCAGCGCGAGAGCCAACCGAUGCAACAAGGACCCUACGGAGGUAGCGGUGGAAAUAAUGCCAGCAGCGCCGGCGCCGCUCCUGGUGGCCAAGGCCAGAUGCAGCAGCAAGGGCAAGGUAUUGCCCAUGGCCAGCAGCCAAUUCUGAACGAUGCCUUGACGUAUCUGGACCAGGUCAAGGUGCAGUUCCACGACCAGCCGGACGUGUAUAACCGCUUUCUUGAUAUCAUGAAAGAUUUCAAGAGUCAAGCCAUCGACACUCCCGGGGUCAUCAACCGUGUAUCGGAGCUAUUCGCCGGGCAUCCCAACUUGAUCCAGGGCUUCAAUACCUUCCUGCCGCCCGGGUACCGGAUAGAGUGCGGCGCCGGCAACGAUCCGAACACCAUCAGAGUUACGACGCCGAUGGGUACAACGGUCCAGUCCAUCGCUGGGAGAGGCGCGCAAGUCGACGGUGGUCAUCCGCACCCAGGUGGUGCUUCGCAGCCUUUGUUUCCUCAGCAGCGCGGUCCCAAUUGGCAACAGCAACAGCAGCAGCAGCAACCGCAACAACAGCCACAGCAGCCUCAACACAGCAUCGAGAGUCCUGAGGCCAACUUUAGUACACCCGUGCAAAACGGUCCUGGACCCUUUGGUCCAGCGCAAACUUUGGCUGCUGCCUUCGAAGCCCACGGAGCUGGCCAGCGCGGUCCUCAGGGUGCGAACGCUGCCAACGCUGCCAACGCGCAGCAGCCGCCUCGCAACGCGCACACUCCAACUCCCGUCACCGGACCCACAGCUGUCAACGGCAACACCAGCCAGCAACAACAGCAGGCAAACUUGGAGCGCCGCGGACCUGUCGAGUUCAACCACGCGAUCAGCUACAACCGCUUCCAGGAUAAGCCUGAGAUUUACAAACAAUUUCUCGAAAUCCUGCAAACCUACCAACGGGAGCAAAAGCCCAUUCAAGACGUGUACGCUCAAGUCACCACCUUGUUCCACACUGCGCCGGAUUUGCUUGAGGACUUCAAGCAGUUCCUUCCAGAGUCUGCCGGCCAAUCCAAGGGUACGCCUGGCCGCCCUGGAGACGAACAGCCGCCUGGCCCUGGACCUAACCAAACACCUCAACCGAUGAGCGGCCAGAAGAUGCCUCCCCUUGGGAGCUUUGCGCCUCCGAGCGCAUCCAAGGAAAGCAACAAGAAGCGACCGAGACCUGACAAGCAGACACCUGUUCCACCGCCUGCUGUCGCUGAAGUGCCGCCUCCCGCAAACAGAGCUGCCCCCGGCGCGCCUCCUGCCGUCGGCGUCAACAAGCGAGCGAAGUUGGCGCACAACAAGGGUCUCGCUGCUGAUGCGCCCGCGAUCGAGCCGACGUUGACCCCGAUCCUGCCCGAGCCUUUGGGACCUCCCGCAUCUACCACGUCAAACUCCGAUGAGAUUGCCUUCUUCGAGAAGGUCAAGAAGUACCUCAGCAACAAGACGGCGUUCAAUGAGUUCCUCAAAGUCUGCAACCUGUUCAGCCAGUCCAUCAUCGAUCGCAACACCGUUUUCCACAAGGGCAGCGUCUUCUUCGCCGCGAACCCUGAGCUCAUGGGAUUUUGGAAGGCGUUCCUCAAAUACGAACCACAUGACGAGGUUGUCGAUAACCGCCCAGCCCCGCCUAGUGGCAAGGUAUCACUGAGCAAUUGCCGUGGCUACGGCCCUAGCUACCGCCUUCUUCCCAAACGGGAACGCCUCAAGCCUUGCAGUGGUCGCGACGAACUGUGUAACUCGGUUCUCAAUGACGACUGGGCAUCUCACCCGACCUGGGCAUCUGAGGACUCCGGUUUUGUUGCGCAUCGCAAGAAUGGAUUUGAGGAAGGCCUCCACCGCAUCGAGGAAGAACGUCAUGACUAUGACUUCAACAUCGAAGCCAACCUCAAGUGCAUCCAGCUUUUGGAGCCUGUUGCGCAGCAGAUCAGCGUCAUGUCGCCAAUGGAGCGUGAGCACUUUCAGAUGCCGCAAGCCCUUGCUGGCCACAGCACGUCAGUUUUCAAGCGUGUCUGCAAGAAGAUCUACGGCGAAAGAGGACCCGACGUCGUCAACGACUUGUUUUCUAACCCGCUUAACGUCGUUCCUAUCGUCCUGACUCGCAUGAAGCAAAAGGACGAAGAGUGGCGUUUCUCGCAGCGCGAGUGGGAGAAGGUGUGGCACGCACAAGUCGAACACAUGCAUCUGAAGAGUCUCGACCACAUGGGCAUUUUGGUGAAGCAGAAUGACAAGAGGAAUCUUUCCGCCAAACACCUCGUCGACGUCAUCAAGACGAAGGCCGAGGAGCAGAGACGUCAACGUAGCUUGAGAGGCAAGGCCCCCCGUCACCAGCUCGUUUGGGACUUCUCGGAUAAGAAGGUCAUCGUCGAGCUUCUCCGUCUGAUGAUGCUCUACACUGUGAGCAGUGGCCAGCAUAGUGUGCCGGAAAAGGAGCGCAUCACGGAGUUUUAUGAGACCUUCGUUCCCUCCUUCUUCGACAUCCCCGAGGAGGAUAUUGAGGGCCGCCUGCCCAGACUCCAAGACGUUUCAGAAGAGGACGACACCGAAGAAGCCAUUCCAGCUGAGCUCACCAACGGCCGUAGCCGCCGCACCGGUAGAAGGGGCGACUUGCUACGUGGUGUCCUCGAUCCUGGUCGCAAUGGAUCCAAGCCCCGCGGUCAAAAGGAGGGAAGUGCUGCAUCCGGUAGCAAGGAAACCACGCCAGAAGUCGGUUCGGCCAACGAGGAAGAAAUGCCUGAUGCUCCGGAAGAAGGUGCCGGCCCUGAAGUGUCGAAUGAGCGCUGGAUGCCGAUUGUGCCGCAACCCAUCGUCACUACGGGAGACGACACGCUUCUGACUGCGGAUGGUGAGCUGAAGGCUGAUGGAUUCUUCUCUCGCCCAUGGUACAACUUCUUCUGCAAUCAGUCAAUCUUUGUCUUCUUUAACGUCUUCCAGACGGUGUACACCCGUCUGAAGGAUGUAAAAGAGAGUAAGGACAGCGUCAUUGAGGAGAUCAACCGGGUGAAUCGCCCGCGCCCCGCCAAGGAGAUUGGCUUGGCUGACAACACUCUGAACUACUUUUCGCCUGACGACACCACAUCUACGUUCUGGCCCAAGACUCUUGAGCUUGUCGAGGAGUACAUCACCGGCGAGAUCGAUGAAGUCCGAUACCAGGAUGUUCUGCGCCACUACUACCUCAAGAGCGGCUGGAAGCUGUACACCAUCCAGGACCUGUUGAAGACUCUUUGUCGACUUGCCCUGACCUGCAGUAGCACUGAUUCGAAGGAGAAGACUCCUGACCUCAUCCAACAAUAUCUCACCAAUCGUGAGAAGGACGAGACGAACUACCAGGCAGAGAUUGCUGCACGAAAAUACGCCGAAAAGUGUGUGAAGGAUGGCGAAAUGUUUGUCAUCUGCUGGUUCCCGCAAAAGUCGGAAGCCACGGUGCGCUGGCUCCAGCGAGAGGACACGACGUUCUACAUGGAUGAGAUGAAGGCCAAGGACCGCUGGCAAUACUACAUCUCGUCCUUCAUCCAGGUUGAGCCCACUGAGGGCGUGCCGCGCCACAAACUUCAGAAGGCCGUUCUGGCCCGCAACCUGCCGGCGAGUGACGAGAAGUUUGACGACAGCCAGAUUCCAAAGCCAAUCUCAUAUGAUGAGGACCUUUCGAUCAGCAUCUGUCUCAACUCCAGUAAGAUGGUGUGGAAGGCAGGAACCUCUGAGUACUUCGUCUACGACAAUGUCCCCAAAGACAAAGAAGGAAAAGAGCGUCAUCUCGAGCGGCUCAAGAACGCUAGCAACAAGCGCGACACCAAGCUCCGCGAGAAGUUUGUCUUCAACAGUCCCUGGAUGAAGGGUAUGAGCCAGGCAGAUGUCCAGAAGUCCAACGAAGGCUGGUCUAACUGGCUCAAAGAGGGUGUCCUUCCGUCUUCGGACGCCGGCGACGCUAUGGACACUGCAGAAUAG